AUGGUAAGUUUAUAUGUUGAUAAUCUUCUUUUUACAGGAAACGAUGAGUUGAUGUUUGCUGAAUUUAAGAAUUCAAUGAAGCAUGAGUUUGAUAUGAUUGAUCUUGGUAAAAUAAUGUAUUUCUUGGGUCUUGAAGUCUUGCAGAAAUUAGGAGGGAUUAUUAUUAGUCAAAGGAAGUAUGUUGAGGAGAUGCUGCAACGUUUUGGGAUGAAUCAAAGUAAUUCUGUUCAAACUCCAAUUGUUCCUGGUUUAAAGUUGUGCAAGGAUGAAGGAAGAACUAAGGUGGAGAAGACUUACUUCAUACAAAUUGUAGGAUGUCUUAUGUAUCUUACAGCUACUCAUCCAGACAUGCUGUUUGUCGUAAGUCUUGUGAGCAGAUAUAUGGAGAAUCCUACUCAGCUUCAUUUACAACUAGCAAAGAGAGUGCUAAGAUAUUUGCAAGGAACAAUGGAGUAUGGAAUUUUGUACAAGGGAUGA